AUGAACGAUAAAACGCCAUCGAGCGGGACCCAGACGCUUUUUUACUCUCCGUGCGGGGACGAUCUGGCGAGCUCGCUCUCGGUUGGUUUCGCCAAAACUCUCGGAACCGCGGGGACGACGGAUAGCGCGACGACGACGGCGCCUCGAGGGCUGGCGAUGCGAUCCAUCGGUCGAAUCUUGCGUCAAGGCGUGAGUGCAUUCAGACCGUUCGCUCGCGUAACGCCAAAAGUAGCCGGGAGCGAGAAGGGCGGAAGGUUCGCCGCGGCGGCGGUUUCGAAACCAAAGUUGUCGGUUCAAACGCGGUCGACGAGCGCGCACAACUUUCUUGGCGUCUUCGAGAGUCCGCAUCGGGACGAGAACGCUCACGGUCCGAGAGCGGGCCCAUCGACCGCGGACGAGCGUGAGAUCGAGGCGAACGCGUUCGUUGAGGUGAACUUGGACGAGAACGCUCGACGCGUGGCCACCAGACAAAUCAAAACGCCACUGAAUAAUGUUACCAAGGGUCGCGUGAGCAAGACUCGUCGCGCGGUGAACGAUACUUCGAAGCGACGUAAACGAUCAGUUCCUCUGCGUGAGGGAGAGACGCGCACGUGCGCGAAGUGUGGCGUGCGCGGAGGCUCAAAAAUUCAUUGGAGGCACUCGUAUGACGAAAACUCCGAUUUCGCUCUCGGAGCCGACCUGUGCGAUAAAUGUGGAAAGCAGCAGUCGAGAAUGUUACAGGCCCGAAAAAAGCAAGGCACCUCGAAUAUGCGAUGA